UUCGAAAAAAAUGGAAGAAUCAUCUGCAAAUGAGUCUUGCGAGAAUCUCACAUGCUACAUGGUGCUGGACGUGCUGGAAAGGAAAGCAAUCGGACCAAUUUGUCUCCUGGCUGGCUCUGUAACGCUGAUGGAGAAUGUUCUUGUCCUUGGGGUUAUUGCCACCACCGUGAGGCUGCGACAGAAGCCCUCUUACCUCUUCAUUGGCAGCCUUGCUCUGGCGGAUGUUUUCGCCAGCUGCUUCUUCACUACGAGUUUCCUGGACUUUCAUCUCUUGGAACGCAGGGACGGUCCGACUGCAUAUCUGUUCAAGUUAGGAGGAGUUACCAUGGCCUUCACUUCCUCAGUUGGCAGCUUACUGCUUACGGCUCUGGACCGAUACCUCUGCAUCCACCAGGCGUCAAGCUACAAGGUUCUGCUAACCCGCCGAAGAGCGCUGCUGAGUCUCCUGGUUCUCUGGUGCAUCACUAUCUUCAUCUCAUCCUGGCCGCUCUUGGGCUGGAGAUGCCCCACAGAGCUUUCCCCUCCCUGCUCACGUUUGUUCCCCUACAUCAGCCAGGACUACCUGGCCUGCUGGGUUACCUUUAUCCUGAUACUUCUUGCACUAAUUUUGGUGGCCUACGCACUGAUCCUGUGGAAGGCCCACCGUCAUGAAUCCUCCAUGACCAGCCUCCAGGGGGCAGCAGAUAAAGGCCAAGCCCGCAUGAGGAUGGAUAUCCGGCUGGCUCGCACUUUUGGUCUGAUUCUUCUCAUCCUGGUGGGCAGCUGGCUCCCUGUCCUCUCUUUCAUGCUAGUUGACAUGUCUAUAACCCUGACCCGUACCCACCAGAGAGCUUUUGCAUUUUGCAGCACCCUCUGCCUGCUCAAUUCUGCAAUCAACCCACUGCUUUACGCCCUGAGGUGCAGGGAGUUAAGAACGGCUCUGCGGCAGUCUCUACAAAGGACUGUGUGACUUUGGGAAGUGUAAGACGUGUAACAGAAACUUAAAUCAUACAAUACACUCUACAGAAGAAAACGUUUCUGCCGUGUC